CCGGGGCCAUUUUCCAGGUCGCUCGGCAGCUCCCGCACGGUCACACACGCCUGGCGGGCGGGCGCUGUCUCUCCUCCACAAGCCGCCGCUCACUCACUCACUCGCUUCACCACCGCCCCGCAACACAACACACAUCUUCAUCCCCCUGCCCCGCCCCAGCCUCUCUCUCUAUCUCUCGGCCAGAAGGAGCAGCGAGCGUGUGGAAGUUUCGAGGUUGAAUGAGGUGGGACACGGCGACUGUUGCUGUAUUCACUCCACAGUUCAGGUUCCAUUAGGUGAAAUAAUUACGAAGCGGAAUGAUGUAAUUAAAAAUUGGAAUUGAAGAUGAAGACUUUGGAUUCAGACUCUUUUUUGAUUUCCUACUCCCAUUACCUCAUUAGUUUCUGGGAAUAGGCACUGGAAUUUUCAAUCUGCUAUAAAUAAAGCGGGAAAAGGUGCUUCAUUGAUUUAUAUAACUCAAACAUCUAAUUUUAUGUAUUGGAAAAUAUUCUACCACAGUAGAUCCAUUUGGUUAUAUCGGCUAUGCAAGAGGGCACCAACAUCUCGAAACAAAGCACAAAAAUCUUAAAUCCUGCUUGACUGUCAAAUAAAAACUAAAUUUUCAAGAUGACUACUUUGUACAGAAGAAGAAAACGUCAGUUUCUCCAGUUAGUUAUCACUUGUUUUUCCUGCUGCUUUAUCCUUGUAUAUUGGGAGCAACUGGAUGCAAAUAUCAUCAGUCAUUUGAAGUCUUAUUCCUACAGAUAUCUCAUCAAUAGGUACAGUUUUUUAAAUGACAGCAUGACUCUGGACAAGGAGACGGCAGCGAGCCUCCACAGUUACCGGUACCUGAUCACCCAUGAAAACAAAUGCAAAAAUGAAGAUGUAUUGCUCCUUUUGUUUGUGAAAAGCUCUCCUGAAAACCGUCUUCGGAGGGAUGCAAUUCGUCAGACUUGGGGCAAUGAACAAUAUAUAAAUUCAGAGUUAAAGGUCACCAUUAAGGUCAUUUUUGUUUUGGGAGUACAUAAAGAUCAAUCGCAAAGAGACAUUGUACAGCACAAGUUAUUUCUAGAAGAUCAACAACAUUCUGACCUUAUCCAACAGGAUUUCAAUGAUGAUUUUCACAAUCUUACACUGAAACUAAUCUUCCAGUUCACGUGGGCAAAUACUUACUGCCAAAAUGCUAAAUUUGUCAUGUCCUCUGAUGAUGAUGUUUUUGUACAUACUCCAAACCUUGCAAACUAUUUGCGACAGCUAGAUAAAGAAACAAGUAAUUUCUGGAUAGGUCGAGUGCACAGGGGUGCACCCCCUGUAAGAAGCAAAGAAAGCAAAUACUAUGUUCCAUAUGAAAUGUAUCAAUGGCCUGCUUAUCCAGAUUAUACAGCAGGUGCUGCAUAUGUUGUGUCCCAAGAUGUUGCAGUGAAAGUAUACGAGGCCUUAAUGACCCUAAACAGCAGCCUCUAUAUAGAUGAUGUUUUUAUGGGCAUUUGUGCCAAAAAGAUGGGUGUUCCACCGCAACGCCAUGUAUAUUUUGCUGGUGAAGGAAAAGCUCCAUAUCAUCCAUGUAUUUAUAACCAAAUGAUGACCUCUCAUGGACAUGUAGAAGAUAUCCACCAUUUGUGGAGGGAGGCCACACAUGCAAAAGUGACUUCUCUCACCUCUGGAUUCUGGGGACAACUGUACUGUCGACUGAUCAAAGUGUUCCUUCUCUGCAAACCAUACUAUGUAGACACAUAUCCUUGUGUUGCUGCAUUUUCCUAGUGCAGUAUUUACAUGAAGAAAAAAACAGCACUGAAUUUAUUUACUUUGGUUAGGUGGAGGAAAGAGGGUAAAUAAAUCAUAAACAUUAAAUGGAGCAGUUAAUUGAGAACCUUGACCUUUAACUACUCUUAACUGUAUUUUUGGCUGUAUAGAUUUUUUUCAAUUAGGUGAAAGAUACCAAGUAUCAAAAGUUUACAAAAUGGAAAACCAAAUGAUUCUACUCAAGUAAAUGGAGACUUCUGCCAGUGAGUGCUGGUGAAAUUCUCCACAAGCUGUGUUUGUUAUGGUCUAGUUGGACAAAAUGUUGAGCAGUGGUCAAAUGAGGAGCAAUAUAGAUGAUGUUAGCAAUAGUAGCAAUAUCUAACUAGCCCGAUUACUCUGCCUUGAAGCAUUUUGCCAGCUAGUCCACAGAUUCUAAAUUGUACACAUUUUAACUGAUUAAAUUAAAAUUUGAUCUUGUUUAAAGUAAAUAAUGGUCAAAUAUAACAUUUGGCUCUUGUUACAUUUUGUGCUGGUAGCAGCAUACUACGCAGUAACUAUUCUGUUAUCAAUUAACAUUAAGAUUUACAUCCUGAAAAAUGUUCUUGCAUGACUUUUACACACAUUUCCUUUUGGGACUAAAAUUUACAUGAGGUCAAAAUUUCUCAUCCAUCCCACACUCCUGUUUUUUUUUCCAACUGUGUUGGAACUUUGUAAAUCUAAUAACUUUUUCUGAAAGUCAAACUUAUUAAAUGUUCAUCCAGGUAAGCACUGAUUUGUAUGUGCUAUGUCAUUAGUUUGAACGUAAAGAUGUUCAAACUAAUGACAUAGCACAUACAAAUCAGUGCUUUAAAGAAACCAAAAAAAAUGUAUGAACAGUAUGCUACUCAGUAUGUUACUCAAGCUAAAUACUUCUGCUUGUAAAUUUGAGUCAGUGGUGUGUGUGUGUGUGUGUGUGUAUAGUUUCCUCUUGCCUCUUAAAUUAGCUUUUUUUUAAAUGUGAAAAAGGGAGCAUUCUGUUAACUGCUAGUUUUCUCUCUCGUCAUAUUACUGAUCUCUCUCACUGAAGAGCAAAAGUCUUUAAUUUAAUCUCCUACACUGCAAUGAAUAAUGGCAGAAGAGUUGCAGUUUGAAGUCAGCCAGCUUUUGUUCAUAUUGACGAGAGCGUGAGCAUUCCAAGUAUUGGCCAUCCCAGAAAUGUGAAAAUGGUUUUUAAAAAAAAAAUCUGUUUGGUGUGGAAGUUGUUGAGGAGCCAGCUUGCCUAGUUUAUUGCAUUGCCUCUGACAUAGCUUCUCUUGAUUUAAGCUUUUAUCAUUUUUUCCCUUCAUUUUGCAAAUGAAAAUAACUUAAUGCUUACUUUACAUCAAGCAAACUGAUUUAAAAACGGAUAUUUUAAAAUAAUGUAACUGCACAAGUUGAUAACUUCUGAUUUAAAAACCCUUGUUUUAAUUUUAUUAUACUUUUGUGCAACAUAUAUAUAGAUACACAUUAACUAAUCUUAACUUUCCACCAUCACUAAGAUCUAUCAUUUCUGAUUUUUGUUGAGCAGCUAAAUACUAAAAUCUUCUAUCAGCACGUAUCUCUUUCUGCUUAAAUAAUAAAUCUUCCUUCCCAUUUACCCCAUUCUCUCAUUGUUUUUACUACAGAUUUUUGCCUUUUAAUUUCAAUGGGGAUGUUCACUGUGGUGGAAUGGCUUGGAAGAAAAAAAUCAGCUCAGAAUUCAGCUAUUUAAAAAAAAAAACCUAACAAACUUAAUAUAAAUAUUUACAUUAACUCAGAGCUUGAAAUAAACUAAGCAUUACUGGUUCACCAAAAAAAUCUAAGUUUGCAAGCCUCAACAUCGUUCUCAAUGAAUUUUAUCCUAGAAGUUAGUGUUACUUUUACGUAGCUCUAUCAUGGGGGCUUCAGAAAUUUGAACUGAAUGAUGUUCUCCUUUAGGCACGUGUUUUGCUGCACCUAUGGAUUUCAACCAGUAUCUUGAUGCUAAAUACUGUAUUUAAUGCUAACUUGACAAUUAAAGAAAAUUGCAACUUUCCUUGUUAGCCUGACAGUCUGAUUUGGCUCUGUCUGAUUGUCACAAUUAGUUAUGUGAAGUUGAGUUUGGCAAUCCAACAUAGCACAGCAGAAUAAUUGGUUCGCUGCUCUGAUUGCCAUAUUUGUACACCUGGAAGAAUGAUGUGCAGUUUGCUUGCUUAACAAACUUGACUUCAUCAGGACAUUUAUUUUAGUUCCAGGAGGUCAAUCCAUUGUAUUUAUAUUAUGGGGCUUGGCUUUUUCAUUGCAGCAUCGGCUUCAUGUACAACUCAAAUAUUAAUUGGCAUAUGUCUACGGUAAGCAGAGAAAAUACUUGGCAGUUUAAAUGCUUAGAGUUGAUUUUCUGGAAUUAAAACAACACCAUAGUUUAACAAGAGCAUUUUAUCAGUUAAGUUAUCUAUUUUGCGUGCAGAUUCAUUGUGCAGCUAGCCACUGGCAUUUGGAUUCUCGGCAAUUGAUAAUGAUAUUUCAUGCUAUUAUAGUGGGAAAAGCUAGAGGAGGGAAGGUAUAUGUAGGGUCCCCCCUCAAAUAUCUGACUUACAGAUUUUUGUAUGUAAUUUAUAAGUAUUCUAUUUGUUUUAAAAGCUAUAUGAUAGAUUUAGGAAUUUGAGCUAUGUACCUGUCUAAAGAACAUACAAAGUUUUUAUUUAAAAGAUUUGGAUUUGGGUUCCUAAAUUUUGGAUGGGAGUGCAGAGGAAAAAUUUCACCCAUGUCAGGUUUUGUCACAAACAUCUUUUCAACAUGCUUGGCUGUGAUAUUCAAGUUAAAGUCUACAUCUCUGCUUCACUUUGAAAUCUAUUGCGUUUUAAAGGUUGCCUAAACUCUGUUUUGGAUUAAUUUAUUGUAUCUGGUGACUAUGUUGUAGAAAUUAUAAUAGCCAUUUGGUGUUUUUUUAAAAAAAAAUAAAAGUAGCAUGCCAGUUGCAAUUAUUCUGUCAUUUACCAAGAAAUUAUUUAAAAAAUAGGCGUGCAUUUUUUGUGAAUAUAACAUUCAUUUUGUCAUUGACUAAAACAAACAUCUUACAUGACCAGGUACAAUUCUUUUGAGGAAAUGGUGUAAUGUAAAUGUUUGUUCUCAUGAACUUGGGCAGACUACACCCAGUUAUUCUACAGCAAUUCAUUCCCACAAGAUUGAUUAUUUGAAUAUAAAAUGGUAUUGACACUGUGUGGGAUAUAGGAAAAGUCAUUCAUUUGUAAUGGAUUAACUUUUUGUUGAGUUGGGCAGUUUUGAAGGAAUGUUGCAGUUUAUCUUUGCUACGUUGCUUCGUAGCAGUUUGAGUGGCCAGAAAUGGGGACACUUGUUCCAUUCUUCAGUCAUUUAUGCAUCUGGAGUCAUUCUUCAGUCAUUUAUACAUUAUAUAAGUCUACAUUAUUAUUUCCCACAUCUAACCCCCAAUUGCCAAAUAUCACAACAAUGUUCCUAUGUUCAAGGUAGCACGGAGAUAGAUUGUAAAUUCAUCACUGAAGAUGAAUUGCGUGGAUUUUUAAAUGCUAUCAGGAUGGUAUCCUGUUUUUUCUCAUACAUUGAGUUAAAGGAUUUCUUAACAUACAUUUUAAUAUGAAUAAAUCUGAGCCACAUUAAAUUAGUGACAACUUUAGCAUUUUCUAAUGGAUCACCAUAAUUUUUUUUAAUUAAAUUAAAUAAACCGUUGAACACUUUCUCCAAAAAGGCUUAAAAGUCUUGAAUGUUUGCAGUUGGGAUCUUGCAGUUACCAUUUUCUGUGCCAUAAGCUGUUUACCAGCAGCUGGCAAUGGUUAGAAGUUUGCACUAAUGGUAGAGUCGAUUAUCCUCUCAGUUUAGUACUUGUCUCACAAGCUUUAUUAAUUAAAUUUAUUUAAAGAACAAGUUUGAGUUUUAUUUACAACCAGAACUACUUUUGUAGUCACUUAAAAGUCGUCUGAAAUGCAGUGACAUAAUUUAAAAGUGGAAUUGUGUACUUUACCUCACACUGAAUUUUUACUCCAUUAUAAACCUUGUAGAUGUAUUUAUGAAAGGGUUUGAUGUUUUGUUACAUACUUGUGUUGGAAGCCUCAUGCUCGUUUUGCACCUGUUUAAAUUUUCUGGUUCAGCUGGAAAAUAUAUAUUUUUGUAUUUUGACAUUUUUCAAGUAUGUUCUGGAUAACUUGUCCAAAAAAAUAAAAGUUGUAUGAUGUAUCAAA